CUCUUUUCGACAUCAUCACUCCCUAAUCUCACCCUCCCGCCUCAACGAGUGCAGCCGCUCUCAUUACUACUCAGUUACUCGCUCAAAUAAACCGAGUUCCAUCACACCAAUCGAUCAAUUAUGGAGAACGGAGCCACGUCUCAAAGUGAGGGUAAAGACCCCUCGGGUUUCCUCAGCGAAAUCAUCGGUAAUCCCGUCACUGUCAAACUGAAUUCCGGCGUGGUUUACAAGGGUGAACUGCAAUCCGUCGACGGUUACAUGAACAUUGCCCUGGAAAAAACAGAGGAAUUCAUCAACGGUGUGAAGAGGCGGAGCUACGGUGAUGCGUUUGUCCGCGGCAACAACGUCAUGUAUAUAUCUGCGGAUUAAGGCGGCAUUCCAAGCACAGUUGUGUGAGGGGGGAAGAAGCUAUGAUGGGACGUGAGCAAGCAUUCAUCGAUGUUGGUACUAGGGAACACACGUGCUCGAAGUCCAGCCGGCUCAAGAGUCAGACUUUCAGCUGUUCCUCCGUGCUCAGGUCAGCAAAACAGACUGAUCAAUCUCACGUGCAGCAGGGGCAACCGCUCACUCAACAACGGGGCCACGUUUGUCAUCACAUCACCAAGUACGAACUGGGGUAGUUGUGUUCAAGAACGCAACUUUAGUUAUUAUAAAGGAUCCUCUGUAUUACAUUGCCUGUUUGAAUCAACUGCCGACGCUGGAAGCUGAUGAUCCGCAAACUCGCCCAGCGCCUUGCUCAUCCUCC